CUCUGUGUGUGUCUCUGUGGUUGUGUGUGUGUCUGUGUGUGUGGUUGUGUGUGACUCGGUGUGUGUGUCUGUAUGUGUGAGAACCAAACCACCGGGUUCCUGACGCUCCGCCCUCCUCCGGCGCGCCGGGUGGAGACAACCAAGCGCCCCGGUCGUCAUGUGGUCCGUCACGAGGAAGUAAACAGAAGAGAGGAUCCUCGGAGGACGAGUCCAGAAGACACAAACCAGACCCAGAGGACCAGACCCAGAGGACCAGACCCAGAGGACCAGACCCAGAGGACCAGACCCAGAGGACCAGACCCAGAGGACCAGACCCAGAGGACCAGACCCAGAGGACCAGACCCAGAGGACCAGACCCAGAGGACCAGACCCAGAGGACCAGACCCAGACCCACCAGCUCCACCAGCCUCCUGGUCCUCAGCUGCAGAGCACAGGGUCACGGGGCAGUUUUGUGCAUUGUCCUCAUUGUCCUCCUCCUCCUCCUCCUCCUCCUGAGGCCAUGGUGGACUUCCUGGCUGAGAACAACCUGUGUGGCCAGGCCGUCCUCCGGAUCGUCUCUCGGGGGAACGCCAUCAUCGCCGAGCUGCUGCGCCUCUCGGACUUCGUCCCUCCCGUCUUCCGGCUGAAGGAGAAGAGCGAGCAGCAGAAACACGGAGACAUCAUCUGUGACUUCAGCUACUUCAAGGGCCCGGAGUACUACGAUGGGAAGCUGGAGGCCCGACCCGAGCUCCAGGACCUGGACGAGGAGUUCAGAGAGAACAACAUCGAGAUCCUGUCCCGCUUCUACCUGGCCUUCGAGAGCGUCCACAAGUACAUCGUGGACCUGAACAGGUACCUGGAUGACCUGCAUGAGGGCGUCUACAUCCAGCAGACUCUGGAGACGGUGCUGCUGAACGAGGACGGGAAGCAGCUCCUGUGUGAGGCGCUCUACCUCUACGGAGUCAUGCUGCUGGUCAUCGACCAGAAGAUUGAAGGGGAGGUCAGAGAGAGGAUGCUGGUGUCCUACUACAGAUACAGCGCCGCUCGCUCGUCGGCCGACUCCAACCUGGACGACAUCUGCAAGCUGCUGCGCAGCAGCGGCUACUCCACGCAGCCGGGAGCCAAGCGGCCGGCCAACUACCCGGAGAGCUACUUCCAGCGGGUCCCCGUCAGCUCCACCUUCGUCAGCAUGGUCAUCGGGAGGCUGCGCUCGGACGACAUCUACAACCAGGUGUCUGCGUACCCGCUCCCGGAGCAUCGCAGCACGGCGCUGGCUAACCAGGCCGCCAUGCUCUACGUGUGCCUCUACUUCAGCCCCUCCAUCCUGCACAGCCAGCAGGCCAAGAUGAGGGAGAUAGUGGACAAGUUCUUCCCCGACAACUGGGUCAUCAGCGUCUACAUGGGCAUCACGGUGAACCUGGUGGAGGCCUGGGAGCCCUACAAGGCGGCCAGGACGGCCCUGAACUACACGCUGGAGGCCGGCAACAUCAAGGAGCAGGCCUCUCGGUACGCAGCCAGCAUGGAGAGCCUGAGGCCUCAGGUGCUGCAGCUGCUGAAGGAGGGCUUCCUCCGGGAGGAGAUCAUCCUGGACAACAUCCCCAAGCUGCUCAACUGCCUGAGGGACUGCAACGUGACCAUCCGCUGGCUGAUGCUGCACUCGGCCGAGUCGGCCUCCGACCUGAACAACAAGCGGCUGCGUCAGAUCAGAGACCAGGUGCUCAACGACUCCAAGUACAACGUGAAGAUCCUGUUCCAGCUGCUGCUGGACACGGCGCAGUUUGAGUUCACCCUCAAAGAGAUGUUCAAGCAGAUGCUGUCGGAGAAGCAGCUGAAGUGGGAGAGCUUCCAGAAGGAGGGCUCUGAGAGGAUGACGGAGCUGGCCGAGGUCUUCUCCGGCGUCAAGCCGCUCACCAGGGUGGAGAAGAACGAGAACCUGCAGGCCUGGUUCCGGGAGAUCUCGAAGCAGAUCCAGAGUCUGAACUACGAGGACGCCACGGCGGCCGGCCGCAAGACGGUGCAGCUCAUCCAGGCCCUGGUGGAGGUCCAGGAGUUCCACCAGCUGGAGUCCAACCUCCAGGUCUGCCAGUUCCUGGCUGACACCCGGAGGUUUCUGCACCAAAUGAUCCGCACCAUCAACAUCAAGGAGGAAGUCCUCAUCACCAUGCAGAUCGUGGGAGACCUGUCCUACGCCUGGCAGAUCAUUGACAGCUUCACCUUCAUCAUGCAGGAGAGCAUCCGGGUCAACCCGUCCAUGGUCACCAAGCUGAGGGCCACGUUCCUGAAGCUGGCCUCUGCGUUGGACCUUCCCCUGCUGCGGAUCAACCAGGCCGACAGCGCUGACCUGCUCAGCGUGUCUCAGUUCUACUCCGGGGAGCUGGUGUCCUACGUCAGGAAGGUGCUGCAGAUCAUCCCAGAGAGCAUGUUCACCUCUCUGGCCAAGAUCAUCAAGCUGCAGAUCCACGACAUCAUGGAGGUGCCCACGCGGCUGAACAAGGACAAGCUGAAGGACUUCUCCCAGCUGGGCGCUCGCUAUGAGGUGGCUAAACUCACCCACGACAUCUCCAUCUUCACUGAGGGGAUCCUGAUGAUGAAGACCACUCUGGUUGGGAUCAUUAAGGUGGACCCCAAGCAGCUCCUGGAGGACGGCAUCAGGAAGGAGCUGGUGAAGAGGGUCGCCUACGCGCUCCACAGAGGACUGAUCUUCAACCCCAAGGCCAAGUCCAGCGAGCUGAUGCCCAAGCUGCAGGACAUGGCGGCCACCAUGGACGGCUUCUACAGGUCGUUUGAGUACAUCCAGGACUACGUCAGCAUCUACGGCCUGAAGAUCUGGCAGGAGGAGGUGUCCCGCAUCAUCAACUACAACGUGGAGCAGGAAUGCAACAGCUUCCUCCGGGCCAAGAUCCAGGACUGGCAGAGCGUGCACCAGUCCACGCACAUCCCCAUCCCUAAGUUUCCCUCCGUGGACGAGUCGGCCACCUUCAUCGGCCGCCUCUGCAGAGAGAUCCUCCGCAUCACGGACCCCAAGCUGACGUGCUACGUGGAGCAGCUGAACACGUGGUACGACUCGAGGAGCCACCGCCAGGUCACCGACAAGCGGCUGUUCUCUGAGGUCCAGAACACGCUGGGGACCUUCGGCCUCAAUGGGCUGGACCGCCUGCUCUGCUUCACCAUCGUCAAGGAGCUGCAGAACUUCCUGGUGUGGAUCCAGAGGACGGUCCUGAAGGACAAGGCCGUGGUGGAUGUUCUGAAGGUCCUGCUGGCCGUGGUCACGCCGGUCCAGGGCGUUGUGGGGAACGCCAGCAAAGUGUACGCCAGCGCCGCGGCCAAAACCCAGAAGAUCUGGAGCGCAUACCUGGAGGUCAUCAUGAAGGUCGGCCAGAUGCAGAUCCUCCGGCAGCAGAUCGCCAACGAGCUCAACUACUCCUGCAAGUUUGACUCCAAGCACCUGGCCGCCGCCCUGGAGAACCUCAACAAGUCUCUGCUGGCCGACAUUGAAGCCCACUACCAGGACCCGUCGCUGCCCUACCCCAAAGAGGACAACACUCUGCUGUACGACAUCACCGCCCACCUGGAGGCGGCCGGCAUCCACAACCCGCUCAACAAGAUCUACAUCACCACCAAGCGCCUCCCGUACUUCCCCCUCAUCAACUUCCUCUUCAUUAUCGCUCAGCUGCCGAGGCUUCAGUACAACAAAAACCAAGGAAUGACCUGCAAGAAGGCCUCAGAUCCUCUGGACUGGCCUCCGCUGGUGCUGGGCAUGCUCACCCUGCUCAAGCAGUUCCACUCCAGAUACACGCAGCAGUUCUUGGCUCUCAUUGGUCAGUUCAUCCGCUCCAUGAUGGAGCAGUGCACCAGUCAGAAGAUCCCUGACAUGCCCUCUGACGUGGUGGGAGCGCUGAUGCUCCUGGAAGACUAUGUGAAGUACACAAAACUGUCUCGCAAGGUGGCCGAAGCCCACGUUCCCAGUUUCAUCUUUGAUGAGUUCAGAACAAUACUGUGAACACCUGGAUGAUGUACCUUUGUGCUUUUGUGCCAUCGGCUUUGUAACUGCAGACGUUUUGACUGGUCACAUUAGGAAAUGCACAGGUGUGUUACUUACAACAUUGACGUGUCCCAGUAAGCUGUGACAGUGUGACGGGGACCUGCAUGCACAAUACCAGGACCCUGAAACUAAGACAGCAAAACAGAGUUCAGUCUUCAGUUUAUUAUCCAGUCUGUGCUUCAGUGUCUACCAUGACAAAAGCCUAUUUAAUAGUUUUCUUCUACAUUUCAAGAACCAGUAAUGUCUUAAUGCACUAAUAAUACAUUGUACAUAGAUAUGAAACCAAUAGCUUAUUUGCCUACUUUAGGUUUGAUCAAUUUGUGCCAUUUCUAAAUACCAUUAAGAAAUAAAAACGAUUGUUCAUAAUA